UAUUAAUCAUAAGAAAAAUCAUAUACUAUAAAUCAUAAAUUGAAAUUUGUUUUCUUUAAAAAAAAUAACAAGAACUUUCAAUAAAAUGUCGAAAAAAAGGAUUCGUAUAAGUGCUGCCGUAAAGGAUGUUUCAUCUUCGGAGGAAAAAACGGUUCCUUGACAACGAAUCUAAUAUCGAUCAAACAAAAACAGCAGCUGCUGGUGCUGAUACGGAACAGGUUGAUUUGGGUAGGAGUGAAAGUCACUUGGAAGGAGUUUCCGAAGAAGAACAUAUUGGAAUGGAUAAAGAAAACUUAUUGCCAUCAUCAGAAGAUAUUCCUCUAAAACAACGAUUGCCCGUUGAAGAUUUUGUUGAUUCUUAUGAUGAUGGCCACAUUGAUUUGGCAUAUCCGGAACACUUGGAAUUUAAGUCAUCAGCUGAGUGCUAUCCCAAAAGUUAUUAUACACUCUCUGGCAAAGAGCGAUUACUUCUUUUAUUUGCUGAGAACUUUAAAAGACAAUUUACAAGUUUGUAUCCCAAUAGAAGACCAUUAUUGCUGGCGAUUAAGAAUGAGUGUGAUGUUCAAAAACUUGUUUGCACGACAAUUAGACCGACUGCAUUUUUAUUUCCAUCAUUGAUAUCGAGUUUAGAGGGCUGUGCAAGUUUUGUUGCAGAUUUUAUUGAGUAUACACCAUUAAAAAAUCUACAAGCUUUGCCUCCAUCCCUGGUAUCACCGUCAACUUUACUCCGUCGCCGAUGUGGAAAUAGCUUUGAAAUGGCAACUUUACUGUGCAGCAUGUUGAUUGGAGCAGGUUUUCCAGCCUUGGUUGUGUCGGGUUCAGCUAAACUGAAUACUGUUAACAAUGAUCAGCGAAAUGUUCAAUACACCUUACCAGAAGAAGAACUUGAUUAUGAAAAAGAUGAAGACGAAGGGCUGGAUAGAUCAUCCAGAACUGAAGAAAUCAACAAAUAUAAACUAAGACCGAAACCGGAUCUCGAGAGUCAUUUAACAGAGCAACUUGAGGAAAAAAGGUUGGAGAAGGAAAAUCGAGAGAAAUUUGAAAAAGAAGAAGCUGAAAGAAUUGAACGGGAGAACUUAGAAGAUGAAGCCUCAUUCAAUGACCCUUGCCGCCUUUCCCACUCUUGGGUUGUUAUAAUUCACAAUGCUCCAUGGAGCUGUAAGCCUCGUGUCAAGAUUCCAAAUGAAGAUGGUGACGAGGUUGAUGCUCCACCAACUGCCACAUUUAUUGAACCCUCAACCGGGUUUCAGCAUGAUCCCUCGACUAUGGCGUACAAUCACAUCGAAAGUAUUUGGAACCAUUUAAAUUACUAUGUCAAUUUGCAAACUUGUCGAAUUCGAGACAUGAAAUGGGAUUUAAAAGAGACCAGCCACUGGCAUCAUCUAUUGCCUGGUGAGCCUAUAGAAAUGCGGGUUGAAGAGCAAUGCUCUGAUGAAAACAUAAAAGACGAGAGCAAAAAAGUGUCUAUGGAAAAACAUUUGGAUAUGGGUCGAUCUUGGGUAGAAAAGUUCACUAUUAGUGAUAAGGAAUUGGAUGAAAGAUACCCAAAUCUUCACAAAGCCAUUUACUAUCAUCGAGUCUUGCACGAAAGAUUCUCAAAUUACACUCAGCCCGAUGGAAAAGUCGUGCAAGUGACACUAUUUUCAGAUGAUAAUUAUGAAGUUCCUGAGAUACGCUGGGAUUGGUAUGAAAAUCGUGCGGAUUUACUGACAAAAAUUAAAUUUACCUUUUCAACUGGUCAGACUGAGGAACAUUUCCAAAAGGGAAGACCAGAUUCUUUGAAAUAUUUUAUACACUAUGUUAAUGAAACACAACCAAAAAUGUUACAUUUCUUUUCGGCACCACGUUUGGACUCAAUGCAAUUGUGUGAAGUACACGACAGAAAAAUUGUAAUGCAUUUUAAAAAAGAACCAGGAUUGUGCUUCUACAAGGAGUUCAACACAAAAUACGACUUGAAUAAAUUAAUGGAAAUCACUGAAAAAUUCCAACGAGACCACACCAAACCAGCCAACGAAGAUAUUGCGAUUCGGUCUUUUCAACUUUCGAAGAAUAAAAUUCUUCUGAAAUUUCAUUAUCUUUGUGGUGCACUUACUGCCACAAUCAGAGAAUUCAUUAAACCACCAAAGCCAGAUUACGGUCAAGAGAUUAUCUUCGAUCCAUCACUAACAAAAGGAUUCAAGUUUGGCGAUACGAAUCCUGAUCCUACCCAACUGGAACUGUACCUAUUGUUGUUGGAACAACUGAAGGCCGAAGAAUCAGCCAAGAAGGCCUUUGACAAAAUUAUGGAAGAGCUUAACUGUAUUUUCGAGCGAAGGAAGCGUGAAAUCAAACACACCGAUUUAAAAUUCGGAGUAUUUGAUCCUUUGCGAAAUGACGCAGCAAGGAAGCUUCGCCUCGAGAGGGACGAGCUGGAGAAGAAAAUCAUAAAGGAACGAAGUAAAAAUCCACCCGAUUUCUUGGCUCCCUAUCUCAUACCUUACAAUGGACGUACUUUGACGCAAAAGGAAUCCUGGACAGCGUACCAUGCGUGUUUGAAUGAUUUGAAGAAGCGAUUUGUAACGCUUUUGAAUGAAUUGCAACGACGUUAUGAAGAUUUGACGGCUGAAGGACAAUCGUUAAAAAAAUUCUUGGGCAAAUUUGAAAAUAAAUUCGAUGACUUCGACUAUGAACGUCUUAUGCAGGAAUCGAAGGAUCUUGAGCUGAAUAAGAGAAUGGUGCAAAAGAGAUUAACGAUUACACACGAAGAUUCACAAAAGAAAUAUGACUUGGUCAAGCAGUCAUUGCUUAAGGACAAACGUCUGCAAUUGAAAAGUCUUUCAAUGGCAAAUAGUAAUACUAUACUAUAUUAAUAGUAAUACUAUACUGGAUUGGAUUUUAUUUAGUAACAAAACGCUAUUUUUAUUAUAUCGAGUUUUUAUUGUUUUUUUGUAUCAUUUCUAUUUUUGAAUAAAUUUAUUGUGUUUGUGGCA